AUGGAGCUCGAAUCUCGAGCAGUCAACUCAUUUUGUAGUGUUGCAGUCCCUCCGGUAUACGCGGUGGGGCCUAUUCUUAAUGCUCAAUUCGAGUCGGUCAGGGAAGCUUUGGUCUUUGCUUUGGGAGUGAAGGAAAGCUUUGGUCUUGACCAAACGCUGUAUUUCUCUGCUGCUGAAAGGGAUCGAACCCCUCAUCAAAAAGGUGCAUAUGCGUCCGAAACUCCACCAAAAGGUAAGAUGGAUUUUCCUAGUGAUUAUGUAAAUUUUGAUGAAGUUAUAUUGGAAGGGUUCUUGGAUCGGAUGGCUAGGAUCGGAAAGGUGAUUGGAUGGGCUCCACAAAUGGCCAUCCUAGCCCAUCCUGCAAUUGGAGGAUUUGUAUCUCAUUGUGGGUGGAAUUCCAUCUUAGAGAGCCUAUGGUAUGGAGUUCCAACAGCUGCACGGUCAAUGUAUGCAGACCAACAACUUAAUGCUUUCCAAAUUGUGUGA